UCAAGCCUCCCACAAACCUCCUGACAUUGUCCGUCUUUCACAUUGACAUUCCAUCAAAAUUCUCAGUGUCCACAUCCCUCUAGACCCCACUUCAAAAUUCCUGUAAUGUAAUUUCUCCUUUUCCUGAACUAAUAUGCCCAUAAAGAGCGUCGCAGCCCGACAAAUUUUCGAUUCUCGGGGAAACCCCACCGUGGAAGUCGACUUGAUCACAGAUUUAGGCCUAUUCCGAGCCGCUGUACCAUCUGGUGCCAGCACUGGCGUGCACGAAGCCCUCGAAUUGCGAGACAACGACAAACACAAGUACCAUGGCAAAUCGGUCCAGAAAGCCAUCGACAACAUCAAUACCAUCAUCGCCCCAGAAUUGGUAAAAUCCCAUUUGGAGGUCACCCAACAGACCGAAAUCGACGAAUUGAUGAUCAAGCUUGACGGGACUGAGAACAAGUCAAGACUGGGGGCGAAUGCCAUUCUUGGGGUGUCUCUAGCCGUGGCGAAGGCCGGAGCCGCGAAAAGGGGGCUUCCUUUGUACAAACAUUUGGCCGAUUUGGCCGGAAUCAAGAAUAUCAUUCUCCCAGUGCCGGCGUUUAACGUGAUAAAUGGGGGCUCCCAUGCUGGGAAUAAGUUGGCCAUGCAGGAGUUUAUGAUUCUGCCAACGGGGGCGACGUCUUUUAACGAAGCCAUGAAGAUGGGCUCGGAAGUCUACCACCACUUGAAGGAAAUAAUCAAGAAGAAACAUGGAAUGAAUGCGACUGCUGUUGGGGACGAAGGGGGCUUCUCCCCCAACAUUAGCAAAGCCGAAGACGCCCUCAAACUCAUAGUCCAAGCCAUAAACAAAGCGGGGUACAAGGGCCGCAUCGAGAUUGGUAUGGAUAUUGCAGCCUCCGAGUUUUUCAAAAAGGGUAAAUACGACUUGGACUUCAAAAAUAAGAAGUCCAACAAGGCGAAAUGGCUCACUGGUGAUAAACUCCUGAAGAUGUACGAAGGUUUCGUCAAGAAAUUCCCGAUUGUGUCCAUUGAGGACCCAUUUGACCAGGAUGACUGGAAGUGUUGGUCGUCGAUAACCUCAAAAAUGGACCGGCAAAUCGUCGGUGAUGAUCUCACAGUUACCAACCCCAAACGUAUCGAGAUAGCGGUGGAGAAACAGGCCUGCAAUUGUCUCCUCCUCAAGGUUAACCAAAUCGGUUCGGUUACUGAAGCCAUAAGGGCGCACCAGAUGGCCAAAGCCAAUGGGUGGGGGACUAUGGUGUCGCACAGGUCGGGCGAGACUGAAGAUACCUUUAUUGCCGAUUUGGUGGUGGGGCUUUCCACGGGACAGAUCAAGACAGGGGCCCCUUGCAGGUCCGAGAGGUUGGCCAAGUAUAACCAGAUUUUGAGGAUUGAGGAGGAAUUGGGGCAGAAUGCAAGGUAUGCAGGGAGUUCGUUCCACAAGCCGUUAUAACCGAUUUUAAGAGAAAAAAAUGCAAGGCAACAAUAAAAGGAAAUAUUAUAAAAAACUGCGAUAAAUAUACUUUUUCGAUUACGAUACAUAGGCUAAUAAGAAAAACAAAAAAAAUGUAACAAUAUAGAAAAACACUGGAAUAAAAAAAAUAUAACAUU